GGCUGAUCCCGGAUCAGUGUCUCCGCCUCAGUGUGUUUCCCGCCGCAGCAGCGCCGCGCGCCCAGCUGACCGCAGAUCAGCGCGCGGAGGGGGCGGGGCGCUGUGGCGUCACUCGUCGCGCUGCUGCUGGUGAACUCUGAACACGAGAGUCUGUCGUGCAGAAGCGUGUUGAAUUUUCACUCGAUCCGGAUCAAGACGCGAUAAAUGAGCAGCUGACGGGUGUUGCGUGUCAAUCACUCUCAAGCCCCGCCCAUCAUGACGGAGGUCAGCGUGGUGAAGGAGGGUUGGCUUCAUAAACGAGGUGAGUACAUAAAGACGUGGAGGCCGCGCUACUUCAUCCUGAAGAGUGACGGAUCCUUCACCGGAUACAAGGAGAAACCGGAGCUGACGGAUCAGAGCUCGGCACCGCUUAAUAACUUCUCCGUGGAAGAGUGUCAGCUGAUGAAGACGGAGCGUCCGCGGCCGAACACCUUCAUGAUCCGCUGCCUGCAGUGGACGAGCGUCAUCGAGCGCACCUUCCACGUGGAGAGCAGCGAGGAGAGGGAGGAGUGGAUGUGUGCGAUCCAGGCGGUGGCCAAUGGGCUGCAGGCGCGUGAAGCGGACGAACCAAUGGAGUUCAAGUGCGUCAGUGCCAUCAGCGGUCUGGAGGACAUGGAGGUUUCUCUGUCCAAGUCCAGCUCCAGAGUGACGAUGAACGACUUCGAUUACCUGAAGCUGCUGGGUAAAGGCACGUUUGGGAAGGUGAUCCUGGUGCGAGAGAAAGCCUCCGGGAUGUACUACGCCAUGAAGAUCCUGCGCAAGGACGUCAUCAUCGCAAAGGAUGAAGUGGCUCAUACGGUCACCGAGAGUCGAGUGCUGCAGAACACCAGACACCCCUUCCUGACGACCCUCAAGUACGCCUUCCAGACUCACGACCGGCUGUGUUUCGUGAUGGAGUAUGCUAACGGUGGAGAGCUGUUCUUCCACCUGUCCCGCGAGCGCGUGUUCUCCGAGGACAGAGCCCGCUUCUACGGCGCUGAGAUCGUCUCCGCUCUCGACUACCUGCACUCGCAGAACGUCGUCUACAGGGACCUGAAGCUGGAGAACCUCAUGCUGGAUAAAGACGGACAUAUUAAAAUCACAGACUUCGGCCUUUGUAAGGAGGGCAUCACAGAUGAGGCCACCAUGAGGACGUUCUGCGGCACCCCAGAAUACCUUGCACCGGAGGUGCUGGAGGACAACGAUUACGGCCGCGCGGUGGACUGGUGGGGUCUGGGAGUGGUGAUGUAUGAGAUGAUGUGCGGACGGCUGCCCUUCUACAACCAGGACCACGAGCGGCUCUUCGAGCUCAUCGUGAUGGAGGAGAUCCGCUUCCCCAGGAGCCUCUCGCCCGAAGCCAAAGCGCUGCUGACCGGCCUGCUGAGGAAAGACCCCAAACAGAGGCUCGGAGGCGGUCCUGAUGAUGCGAGAGACGUGAUGACGCACAAGUUCUUCUGCGGUAUCCACUGGGAGGACGUGCUGCAGAAGAAGCUGGUGCCGCCCUUCAAACCGCAGGUGACAUCAGAGACGGACACGCGAUACUUUGACGACGAGUUCACGGCACAAAGCAUCACCGUUACUCCUCCAGACAAGCUGAGCUGUCGGGACGUGGAGGACGCUGGGCCGUGUGCUCACUUCCCUCAGUUCUCUUACUCCGCCAGCGUACGAGAGUGACGCCGAUCCAUCCUGACGACCAUCCCAUAAUGCAUCAUGACAGACUCCCAUAAGGCAUUUCUUCAUUGUGAACAGUCACGUGUUUCAGGUGUGCGGAUGAUCUCACGUCCACCUGCGUAUGAAUGUAUUGAUCAGUAACGGAGCUCAGAAUGUAAAGCCUGUCAUUAUGAUCUUCUCAGUUUCUCGUAUAAUCACAUGUUGGAUGUUGAGGAUCAUGUGAUUAUCAGGCAGUUUCACAGAGCAACACUACGUGUCUUGAUCUGAAAACAUUAAAGACUUUCAGCCGGU